AUGUACUCCAAAAAGUUCGUCCCCCCCCUCCUCCGCAAGCCCACCGCCCCACCCCCCGACGCCGACGAGCCCCCAAACAAAAAGACCCGCCUCACCAGCUCCAGCUCCGCCCUCACAAUCUCCACCGCGCACAUGCCCCAGCGCGUCGCACAAACACUCAAGCUCUCCUCCGCCUCCAACAACCUCACACGCAAGCCGAUCCUCCUCAUCCACAACCCCGUCUCGCCGCCCGCCACCACCACUGACGACACCGACGAUGCUAGCACCACCACCAGCAGCAGCAGCACAGAAGACAAAUACUACACCGUCCUGUGGCGCAAAAAGACCACAAAGAAGCACAAGACCUUCGACGGCGACGGCAUCCUCACCCUCACCGCCGCCGGCUACGCAACCCUGCAAGACACAACCGGCAAGGACCUCGGCCGCACAAUGAUGCGCACGACCCCCGCCGUCGGCGACCUGCUCUCCCUCGGCGGCAAGGACGUCGAGAUUGACGCUGUGCUCUCGCGCGCCGACUAUCUGUCUGGCCGCCCAUUCCUCAAGGCCGCACCUGCGGCAGAGGAGAGUGCGGCGUCCUUCCAGCCCGUCUCGGCAGCGGGCUUCUUCGGCAGCAAGUUCAAGACGCCGCUACUCGCCAGCACGGCGGUGGGCAACUCGCACGCAAAGGUUCCGACGCCACGGCACGACCCGAAUGCGGAGGGCGCACUCGUGAUGCCGCGUCCCCCGGCGGGCAGCGGUGGGUGCGGGGGUAAGGUCAUCGUCGAUGUCGUCGUGGACCCGUUCGUGAGCGCCCAUCUCCGGCCGCACCAGCGCGAGGGCGUGCAGUUCCUGUACGAGGCCGUGAUGGGGUUCAAGCCGUUUGACGGCCAGGGCGCCAUUCUCGCCGACGAGAUGGGGCUCGGCAAGACGCUGCAGACCAUCGCGCUGCUGUGGACGCUGAUGAAGCAGAGCCCGUUUUGGGCGUCCGGGGGCGGCGGCGGAGCUCCAGUGGUGCGCAAGGCACUCAUCGUGUGCCCCGUCACGCUGAUCAACAACUGGCGCAAGGAGUUUACAACGUGGCUCGGCCGCGAGCGCGUCGGCGUCUUCGUGGCCGACAGCAAGGCCAACAUCCGCGACUUUACGCACGGCCGCGUCUACAGCGUCAUGAUUGUGGGCUACGAGCGGUUGCAGAAGGUGCAGAGCGAGCUGCGGAGCGUGGAUAUCGACAUUGUCAUCGCAGACGAGGGCCACCGGCUCAAGACGGAGAAGAACAAGAGUGCGGCGGCAAUUAGGGGACUGAAUACGAAGCGGAGGGUGAUACUGAGCGGCACGCCGCUGCAGAAUGAUUUACACGAGUUUUACAUCAUGGUGGAUUUUGUGAACCCGGGACUGCUGGAGAGCUAUGCGACGUUUAGGAAGGAGUUUGAGGGCCCGAUUGUGAAGAGUCGGCAGCCGGGCGCGGCGAAGAGGGAUGUAGAGAAGGGGAGGGCGAGGGGUGAAGAGCUCGCGCGCAUCACAAAACUCUUCGUCCUCCGCCGCACCGCCGAAAUCCUCUCCUCCUACCUGCCCCCCAAGACCGAAUACAUCGUCUUCUGCCGCCCCACGCCCAAGCAGCUCAAAGUCUACACCACCAUCCUCUCCUCGCCACACAUCGAGUCGUGCUACCGCUCCCCCGACACCUCCCUCCUCCUCAUCACGCUCCUCAAGAAGCUCUGCAACUCCCCCGGCCUCCUCGCGCCCCACCCCUCCCGCCCCGAACACCACCCAACAACACAGGCCCUCCUCUCCGCCGUCCACCCAAAGCUCCUCGAAUCACACUCCUCGUCCCACAGCGGCAAGUUCCGCGUUCUCGACCGCCUGCUCCUGACACUCUACAAAACAACGACGGAAAAGGUCGUCAUCAUCUCAAACUACACCAGCACGCUCGACCUCCUCUCCACGCUGCUCUCCACGCGCGGGCUCACACACACCCGCCUCGACGGGUCCACCCCGCAGUCCAAGCGGCAGGACAUCAUCGACGCCUUCAACCGCACCGACCACCGCGCCACCUUUGCGCUCCUCCUCUCGGCCAAGUCCGGCGGCGCAGGCAUCAACCUCGUCGGCGCCUCACGCCUCGUGCUGUUCGACCUCGACUGGAACCCCGCCACGGACGCACAGGCCAUGGCGCGCGUGCACCGCGACGGGCAGACGCGGCCCGUCGUCAUCUACCGCCUCGUCACGACCGGGUGUGUGGAAGAGAAGAUCCUGCAGCGCCAGGUGGCAAAAACGGGGUUGGCGGAGAGCGUGGUGGAUAUGAAGAGCGGUGUGGGCAGCUUUACGAGUGAGGAGCUGAGGGACCUGUUUUCGCUGCGCGAGACGGAGUGUGCGACGCAUGAGCUGCUGGGGUGUGCGUGUGAGGGGCGGGGGUAUGUUGCUGGCCCUGCGGGGGGGGAGGAGGUGGAGGUGGAGGUGGAGGUGGAGGAGGAGGUGGUGGUGGAGGAGAUAAAGUAUCCGGGGCUGAUGAAGGCGAGUGAGGUGGACAUCGAGAAGAUUGAGCGCGAGCGUCUGGCGGCGCUGAAGAGGGUGCCGAAGGGGGCGCAGCUGGGCGCGUUGAUGGAGUAUGCGCAUGUGUUGGCGAGUCGGCUUGUUCGUGCUGCCAACCCUGCCAAACCUGCCAAACCCGCGGUCAACGAGGAGGAUGAGGAGGGGGAAGAUGGAGAGGAGGAGGACGAGUACGACGAGGUGAGUAUUGAGGACGAGCUACUGACGCAGGUGGUGCGCGACGGAAUGGGCAAGGAGGUUAGUUUUAUCUUCCAAAAGACUUUUUAG